AAGAAUCUUCCCAAUGAAAAAUAAUGAAACAUUUCUUUCUCUUUUCCAAUGCUUUCAUGCUUAUGCUUUACCAUUUUUGCCUCUUUUUGUGUCCUGUUAACCUCUUUGGACUGACUUGUAUAUGAAUGAUGCUGUUAAAAUAAACCUGCUUUACUCUAUAGUGAUGUAGAGGUUUAACCAUGACAACAUUUAGCUUGUAAUUAGAUAGUUUGAAACGUGUUUUUAAUGAGUUUUUAAUCAGUUGGUUCAUUAACAGUUUCAAGAGUUUUCUUGUUUUCAGUGAAUCUGCAUCAUGACAUUAACUUUAGGUUUAAAACCAUAACAGUAACACUGUGAAUUAAUGUGGACAUUGUGUAAGUAUUUAGAGAAAUAGAUUUGUUCUCAAUAAACAUUACUUAAGUUUUUAUAUAGAUAGAUUACAAAUGCUCCAAUCAAUAAAUCAUUUACAUUUUAUCUACUUUUUAAAAUAUUUUUUGUGCAAAUGUCUUGUAAAACAUAGAGGAUGGAGAGGAUCAGUUCUUUCAGCUAAAUAUUAAAUUCUUUAAGAAGAACUGUUAUUGAUGUUGAUUUUUAUAUUUUUAGUCACCUUACCUCCACGCACUGGCGCAGGUUCUUCUACACCUGUUGCCACCUUACCUCCACUCACUGGCGCAGAUCCUUCUACACCUGUUGCUAUCUCUCCUCCAAGCACCGUGGCAGCACCAACUGCUGCAACCUCCAAACUUCCCCCCUCUAACAAACCCACACCCACCUCUCUAUCCACCACCUUAAAACCUUCAAGCUCUUCAAUAAAAACAGCUGUCAAUACCUCACAUCCAAGCACCCAAAAUGAUACUUCAACCAACAACCAGUCAACCAAUCAAACCACCUUACCUGCAAGCAUCUCAAAUGAGAAUUCAACCAACAACCAGUCAUCCAAUCAGCCAACCACCUCACCUCAGCCAAACACAACCAUGGCUGCCACCACAGCUGAACCCAGCACGAAUCUAAAGUGUGAGUAUCAAAUUUGAAGUUAUGAACACAUGUUUAUUAAAGGUGAUCUUUUUUUUUAGAUUGUCUAAUAUAGAAAUUGCUUUUUCAUUUUAAUUUCAUUCUAACAAUUGGAAAUAAAAACUUGAAGUUUGGUUUUAUUUCAGCUCAAAUGUAAAUCUGUUGCUUUGCAGGUUCUUACAGUGUUGA